GCCGCAUUUUGAUUUCGACUAAUUGACUGUGUUGAUCUGCCAAUGAAUGUCUAGCUAUGUAGAUCCAGGAAGCCCUCUUGAGGGCAUAAGUUAUUAUUUCUGUCUUAUCAUUUAACCUUAUGAACACGCAUUCGUCGCGUCGUGUCGUGUAUUUUGGAGGUCUGCGGCCUGGGACAGAUGAGGGCGCCGACUGAUGAGGACUGCCCGUGUCUCUGUGAGCGUUACCGGACCGCUGCUGUGCUUUUUCUGAACCUUAUUCACAUGGAUACGGCCAGACAUCAUCGUUGAACGUUCAAAAUGAAGUUCUUCGUGUCUCUUCUGAAAAACACUAACCCUAAAAUCGAGUAUUACUCGAGAUUUUCCCCGUCUCCGCUCUCCAUUAAGCAGUUUUUGGAUUUUGGCAGGGACAAUGCAUGUGAGAAAACAUCCUAUGUUUUCCUGCGCAAGGAGCUACCUGUACGGCUGGCCAACACCAUGAGAGAGGUCAACCUGCUGCCUGACAAUCUCCUCAGCCAGCCUUCCAUUAGACUGGUGCAGAAAUGGUACAUGCAGAGCUUUGUGGAGCUGCUGGAUUAUGAGAAUCGAAAGCCAGAGGACUCUCAUGUUCUGAACGAUUUCCUGGAGCUUUUGAUUGAGAUCCGCAACCGUCACAACGACGUGGUUCCCACCAUGGCUCAGGGGGUCACAGAGUACAAGGAGAGGUUUGGCUUUGACCCGUUCAUCAGCAGCAACAUCCAGUAUUUCCUUGACCGCUUUUACACCAACCGCAUCUCUUUCCGCAUGCUCAUCAACCAGCACACUCUCCUAUUUGGUAAUGACACCAACCCUGCUCAUCCAAAACACAUUGGUAGUAUAGAUCCUAACUGUAGUGUGGCUGAAGUCGUCAGUGAUGCCUAUGACACUGCCAAGAUGCUGUGUGAGAAGUACUACUUGGCUUCUCCUGAGCUCAAGAUUGAAGAGUUCAACAAAACGAUAGAGAGUAUGUGGGACUUGACGGAGCCUUUUAAAAGCAGGCCAGCAGGUGUCAGGAAUCACCUGUUGAUGGAAGGAGGCAUCCAGGUGAAGGCCCCUAAAAAGCCCAUCCAGGUGGUGUAUGUGCCCUCUCAUCUGUUCCACAUGCUGUUUGAGCUCUUCAAGAACUCAAUGAGAGCCACUGUGGAGCUUCAUGAGAACAGUAAAGAAGGAUUACCACCAAUAAAGGCAAAAGUCACUCUGGGCAAAGAGGAUCUCUCAAUAAAGAUCAGUGACAAAGGCGGAGGAGUUCCUCUGAGGAAGAUAGACCGUCUGUUUAACUACAUGUAUUCCACUGCCCCUACACCAAGCCUGGAGCCAGGAGCCGUACCACUGGCCGGUUUUGGCUACGGCUUGCCCAUUUCCAGGCUCUAUGCCCGAUACUUCCAGGGGGAUCUGAAACUCUACUCCAUGGAGGGUGUUGGCACAGAUGCUGUCAUCUAUUUGAAGGCCCUGUCCAGUGAAUCCUUUGAGCGCCUGCCUGUCUUCAACAAGUCAGCAUGGCGGCACUACAAGACCAGCCCUGAGGCAGAUGAUUGGAGCAACCCCAGCAAAGAGCCGCGUGAUGCCAGCAAGUCCAAAUACAAAGCCAACAGAUAACUUUGCGUGGCCUGCUAGCCCAGCCCUCUGCUGGGACCCAAAAUGCCCACACUCAGCCUAGAGCAUGUACGAUGAAAUGUUGCCUUUGGGUUUCAGAUCACGGUGGCUUUUACAUUCCAGUGGGUAACGUUUUGGAGAACAUCGAUAACCUUGACUUAAAUCUCUGCCCAAUGGCAACAGCCUUCAUCAGCAUGGCUUUCAUUGUUGUGGCAUUAGCACUAGCUCUCCCAGGAUGGAUCUUAAAAUGUAACUCUUCCAAAUUAUGGGUCUCUUCUGUCUAACCCCAUUUAUAAAUAACUUAGAGUGAAUAAUUACAAAUGUCGGGCCAUUACUUAAACUGAAAAUCACUGCACUGUAGUCUUCUCCCUCUGCUUCAUGCACAGUCUGUGCUGCCAAGGCAGCCAGUUCGAGUGUUGUCAUGUUAUUUAGUGGCAUCAUCAUCACAGCUGAAGAGGUGCCUCAUGCAAUUAGGUAUCCUUUACUAGCUGCUGUACUUAUGACACAAGCAAAGGCGGAAAUGAGUUAACAUAGUAUACAGCAUAGAGUAAAAACAUGUUAGAAGGAGGUUGUAGUGGGUGGAUGGGCCAUGAAACAACAGUUAUGUGCUUUCUGUCCAUGAGUGUUUUAACCCAGGCCAAGUUUUCAGCACAAAGCAGGCACACUUUGUUUUCAUUAUUAUACGGUAACAAUGACAACGAAGGUCUAUGGCUUAAUACCAACCUACUGGGUAGGAGUAUGGGCUUCCUGAAGCAUAACUAUGGUCAGAAAACAAAUGAUAAAACGCUGCUGAAUGGUGUGAUAACAUCUGUAGUGGGUGGGCUUGGCCACUGCUCCCUGUAGCUGCAUAAACCAUGCACUGCUGUGUGAGUGUCUUUCUCACCAGCAGUGAAGGAUUGCAUUCUGCUUCUCUCUGUCAAGCACAAGCAGAGUCAGGGGUUUGAGUUUCAGGGCAAAUGCGAAGAGGAGGAGGUUUAAUUUUCUUCUGCUGGGAGACCCUUUUGACUCAACGCACAAUUAGGCCAGUGUGUCAUUGGCGUUGUGAAGAUGUAUUUUCUUUGCACUCUAUUUAAGCUUGGGAACAUCUAAGAGAAGAUUGCCUAGAGACGAAAUGAAUGUUUUGGAAGAAUUAAGGGAAGCACUGCAUCAUAAAGACAUUUUAUUUUUAGAAGUUUUAACGACCAGGAAAGGUUUUAUUUUAUGUUGUUG